CCGUACAGCAAGAAGUAUGGCGGUCUGAUAUUUGACUACUGUUUUUGUUGUGGGAAUAAAAUACACUUGUACCUUUUUGAAGUACACUAUUCUCGGGACUCGAGCUUGUCGGACUUAAUUGCAGCAUUUUAAGUCAGAUCAUCAUGCCAUCCGCCUGUGACUCUCUGAUUGAAGACAUUGAGGACAUGGUGUCUUCCAGUGACCCCACUCCUCAUGAAAGACAAUCUGCUAGAAAGAGCAUUAUACCAAGGUCCAGGAAGAAGAAAGAGCUUCACAGCAAUGAGGAACUCCAAGCUGAUAGCUUCAUUCCUGGCACCCAAAAGAUCUGGAUGAAAACGUGGGGCUGUAGUCAUAACAACUCAGAUGGAGAGUACAUGGCCGGGCAGCUAGCUGCCAGUGGUUACAAGAUGACUGAUGACCCAGCAGAAGCAGACCUGUGGUUACUAAACAGCUGCACAGUGAAAAACCCAGCUGAGGACCACUUCAGGAACUCAAUCAAAAAAGCCCAGGAACAGGAGAAAAAGGUUGUCGUAGCCGGUUGUGUUCCCCAAGCCCAGCCACGGAUGGAAUACCUCAAAGGUCUCAGCAUUAUCGGGGUCCAACAGAUUGAUCGCGUCGUGGAAGUAGUGGACGAGGCUGUUAAAGGUCACUCAGUUCGUCUGCUGGGUCAGAAGAAAGGUGGAGGUCGGAGACUUGGAGGAGCAAGACUGGACCUGCCCAAGAUUAGGAAGAACCCCCUCAUUGAAAUCAUCUCCAUUAACACUGGGUGUCUGAAUGCGUGUACGUACUGCAAGACGAAACAUGCUCGAGGAGAUCUCGCCAGCUAUCCUAUAGAGGAGCUUGUGGAGAGAGCGCGGCAGUCUUUCCAGGAGGGAGUGUGUGAGAUCUGGCUGACUAGUGAAGACACCGGUGCUUAUGGACGAGACAUUGGAACAGACCUCCCGUCAUUACUUUGGAAGUUGGUGGAAGAGAUUCCUGAAGGAGCCAUGCUGAGGCUGGGUAUGACCAACCCACCUUAUAUCCUGGAACAUCUCGAGGAGAUGGCAAAGAUUUUGAAUCAUCCGCGUGUCUAUGCCUUCCUUCAUGUCCCUGUGCAGUCAGCUUCAGAUAGCGUACUGAUGGACAUGAAGAGAGAAUACUGCAUCGAUGACUUCAAAAGAGUGGUGGACUUCCUCAAAGAGAGAGUACCUGGUGUAACAAUUGCCACUGAUAUAAUCUGUGGUUUUCCGGGUGAGACUGACCAGGACUUCCAAGAGACAGUGGAGUUAGUGAAAUGCUAUCAGUUCCCCAGUCUCUUCAUCAACCAGUUCUACCCCAGGCCUGGUACACCUGCUGCUAAAAUGGAGCAAGUGCCUGCACAUGUGAAGAAGCAGAGGACUAAAGAGCUGUCACAGCUCUUCCACUCCUACAACCCUUACGACCACGAGGUGGGAGAACGGCAGCAUGUUCUGGUGACAGAAGAGUCAUUUGAUGCCCAAUACUAUGUGGCUCACAACAAGUUCUACCAGCAGGUGCUGGUACCACAGAGGGUUGAAUUUAAAGGUAAGAUGAUUGAGGUGGACAUCUAUGAGGCAGGAAAGCACUUCAUGAAAGGCCAGCCAGUAGAAGACAGUAAACCGUUCACUCCCUCCAUCGCUGCACCACUUCAAAAAGGACAAGUCUCUGGUCUGAUGCAGGAAUAUUCAGUGAAUGGACUUGCUUCCUCAACGCCUGGAAGUCCUCUCAUGAUUGGCUCUUACAGCGUUGACCGGGAGGCGCUGAAGACGCUGGGGUUGGGGCUGGCGCUGGCGGCCGCUCUCCUGGCCUUCAUCGUGGAGAAACUGUACUGAGCCCAACUUCUAUAUCAAAUAUAAGUGUCCACAGGGGUAAUGACCAGUCCCCUGUCUUCACCCAAUACUUUUUAUACGGGCAGAUUUGGUGCAGGAUCUGAUUAAAAUCUGGUUCAAGUAUAAAUUAUUUGCUACAUGCCUUCUUUGUCUCUCUUUGGAUCCUGACGGAGAGAGUGUCCAAAGGGGGGUGAAUAAAAGUUUUGAAACUUUUUUUUUUUUUUUUUGUGGAAAUUAGUAACUAUUUUUAUGACAUUCUAAAUUCAUUUCAAAGUAUUUAUUUUUGAAAAGAUGGCGGUGUGUUUCCAGAUCUACAUAGUGAAUGUCAAUUAGGUUGGUUUAACAUGUUUAUUUGUGUUUUAACUGGUUGUAUGAAAAUGUUCAGUUUUGUGGGUUUUACCUCAUAGAUUAAAUGAAAAUUGCAAUUUGUGAAUGAUUAUUGAUCCUCAUUUUGUUGCCACACUUGUUUGAUCUGCUACCCGAUCUACUACCAAAAAUAAAAGUUUUUAAUAUUU